UAUCAUACAAAAUGAAAAUGAAUAAAUUGAAUAUUAUAGUACUGUAUACUUUGUACUUGAAGAUGAUUCAUUAUUUCUAGAUGAAGGUCAAGUCAAAGAUACUAAACUUUAUGCACCUUGAUCGUGAGUACAGUCUGCUCAGUGGUAGAAAUGCUUGCAUUGUUUACACAUAUUUCAGCCUCCUUGAUAUACACAGAACAGGGGCCCUCAACGACGUUCAGUUUUACGUUUUCAUGAAAAAAGCCACAGACUUAAACCGAAAAGAGAUAUACCGUGUGUUUGAUAUGUUGGAUGUUGACGGUUCGUCCUCCAUCGAGUACAAUGAGUUUUAUCUGAUGGUUUGCAUCCUAGUUUCAAUCCAGGACCACGAGGAAAAGAAGUUUAUCUACCACCACUCCCGCACUGUCUUCGAUCUGAUGGACAAGGACGGCUCAGCCACCAUUGAUGUCGAGGAGUUUGAAAUAUUUGGCCUCCUUUUCAACUUAGGACUUAAAGCGAUUCGAGAUAUCUUCAAUGAUUUCGACGUGAGUGGUGAUCAACAGCUUGAUUACGGAGAGUUUAAAUUGUUUGCGAUGGCCUGUAUCGAUAGAGGGAAAACCCUGUUAAAGAAAGACAAAUCAAACGCUGGUAAAGGGGACAUAGCUGGACCUAGUUUGAAAAACGCGACUUCAGAUUGUUCAACUUCUUCGCAAGACCAAGAUAGUUGUGUCAUCAUGUAAACCAUAAACUUAUUGGGAAGUUUCCGAUAACUUUAUAUUUUCGGAAUCAAUUUGACAAUUAAUGUUAAUGAUUCGAAUAGAAAUAUGUUGUUAAUUCUAUUGUAGCCAAUUUAUACACGCUAUGUCAUGUAUACGUUAUGUUCAAUUUCAACUUAAAUGCUUCAACUUAAA